AUGGGAAUAAACGAAACUAAUAAUUCAUCCAAUACAGAAAUUUCUCUAUCGAAGUCAAUACAAUUUUGGUUGCUUAGUAUCUUGGAUAUUCCUUCAAUAUUUUGUUCAUUAUUUCUUCUCUAUCAUUUACUUACUAAACAAAUUCGACGAUCAACAUUAAAUAAUCAUGUAAUUAUUAAAAUACUUUUAAUUAGUCUAUUUAUUCAACUUAUCGAUAUUCCAUUAUAUCUUAAUUUUCUUCGUUCAAAUCCUGUUUGGCCACAAACAUUAGUAACAUGUAUUGUCUGGUGGUAUGCUACUCAUGCUAUGUACAAUACAACAAUUAUUCUUACGGCUUGGUUAUAUUUUGAAAGAUAUAUUCGUAUAUUUCAUAAUGAAUAUAUUUCAACUAAAAUAAAACAAUGGUUAUUUCAUUAUAUUUCAAUUAUAUUUUUUCUUAUUUUUCCAAUGAUCUAUUAUAUAUUAGUUCUGUUUAUACCUUCUUGUGAACAACAAUUUAUUUAUGAUUAUACACAAGCGUGGUGUGCUCUAUGUCCAUGUUAUUACAAUAAUAAUUUAUCAACAAUAGUUGAUAUAGCAAUAAAUUCAAUUUUACCAUGUUUAUUAAUUGCACUAUUUAGUAUAGUUUUAUUAAUACAUACAAUUUGGAUAAAAAAUAUUCGUUUAAAACGAGUAGUACAAUGGAAACAAUAUCGUAAAAUGAUCAUACAAUUAUUUUCAAUAUCAUCAUUAUUUAUAAUAUUUAAUUCACCAUUAAUGCUUUAUUAUCUUCUAUACAUUCUUCAAUAUAUACCAUUAGAUAUUGAUCCGCAAAUUGAAGAUUAUCUAAAUUUUCUAUCGUAUUUUUCGACAUUAUUUUUACCAUUUAGCAUUUUAUUUUCAUUAUCACAUGGUUGUUUUCGAAAUGGAUGCAAAAAAUUUCGUAAGAAUUUUCGAAAACAUCGAGCUAAUAUUCAUCCUAAAAAAAAUCCUCGUUUACAACACUAA